AUGAACAAAAUAUUAGUUUCUGCUUUAAUCUGCUUGAUGAUUGCUACUCCUAGCGUCUUUUGUUAGGAUCUUGAUGAUAACAUUUCUGAAAAUGUUAAAGUCUAGGAUUUAUUGGCUUACAAUAAAUGGAGAUUCAACUACAAGAGAAUCUACUUAAAUGAAGAAGAAUAGAUCUACAGAUAGAUUGUUUUCUUUGAAAAUCUUGCUAGAAUUAGCCAACACUCCUCUGAAAAAUCCUACAGCAAAGGUUUGAAUUAAUUCUCUGACAUGACUAAAGAAGAGUUCAGACAUAGAAUUUUGAAUAAGAAACUUUCUUAAAAAUCCAACAAUGCUGAUAACGGUAGAAAUUUAGCUGCUGAUCCCGCUGUUUCAAACUUAGUUUUCCCUACCAACAAUCUUCCUCUUUCUGUUGAUUGGAGAAAAAAAGGUGUCCUUAAUCCAGUAAAAGAUUAAGGUCAAUGUGGUUCUUGUUGGACUUUUGCUACUGCUGGUAUCCUUGAAUCCUUCAACUAAAUCAAAAACAAAAAGCUUGUUAAGUUUUCUGAGUAACAACUUGUUGAUUGUGUUCAUUUAGCUGGAUAUCACUCUGAUGGUUGUGAUGGUGGUUUUUAAGAAGAAGGUGUCAGAUAUGCCAUCAAGUAUGGUAUUGUUUAGUCCUCUAAAUAUCCUUAUGUUGGAUACUAAGGUAGAUGCAGAGUUACUGCUCCCCUUUCUCAUUCUCUUGGUUUUUACCCUUAAAAGUUCUAGCCCAUCAACAAAACUGAAGCUGAUUUGAAGGCUGCUUUAGUAUUCUCUCCUGUUUCUGUCUCAGUUGAUGCUACCAAUUGGAAUGACUAUAUUGGUGGUGUUUUUGAUGAAUGUGGUGAUACUACCGAAAGAGAUCUCAACCAUGCUGUUAUUGCUGUUGGUUACGAUUAAUAAGGUAACUGGAUUAUUAGAAAUAGUUGGUCUGCAGCUUGGGGUGAAAAUGGUUAUAUUAGAUUAGCUCCUGGUAAUACUUGCGGUGUCUUAUUAGAUAAUUUAGUUGUUACUUAAUGA